CACCCUCCACCUCUCCCGGCAAAACAAUGGAAGCAAGAACUCUGCUAUCAACCAGACUAUCCCCCAAUCCCCACCCUCCAUUUCCGUCCAAACCGAACCAAAGCCCAAUCUCCACCGUCCAUAAUCAAAAUCCCCAAACUACCCCCCAAAUUCUCCGAAACCACACUCCUGCCCCUCCACUCCAAGAACCCUCACAUCGUCCUCCACGACCUCCAGCGCUUGGCCCGUCUCGGCAAGCUCCAUGAAUGCCUCACCGUCCUCGACUACCUCGAGUUCCGUGGCAUCCCCGUCAAUGCCACCACCUUCUCCGCCCUCCUCUCCGCCUGCGCCCGCUCUCGCUCCCUCUCCGCCGGCCGUCAAAUCCAUGUCCACAUCCGCAUCAAUGGCCUCGCCUCUAACGAGUUCCUCCUCACCAAACUCGUCGAGAUGUACGCUGCUUGUGGCUCUCCGGAGGAUGCCCGCAAGGUGUUCGAUGAUAUGCCGACGAAGAGCGUUUACCCCUGGAAUGCUCUCCUUCAUGGCAAUGUCGUCAGUGGCCGUCGCUGGAGUUUGGAGACGUUGAAUGUCUUCUCGGAGAUGCGGGAGUUGGGAGUGGAUGCUAAUGAGUAUAGUUAUGCUUGCUUGAUUAAGAGCUUUGCUGGAUCUCCGGCGCUCUUGCAAGGGAUGAAGGUUCAUGCGUUGUUGAUCAAGAAUGGGUAUGUUGGUGAUUCAUUGCUGCUUCAAACUAGUUUGAUUGAUAUGUAUUUUAAAUGUGGGAAAGUUAGGAUGGCCAUGAAGGUGUUUGAUGAAAUUCCUGAGAGGGAUAUUGUGUUGUUUGGGGCUGUGAUUGCAGGCUUUGCUCAUAAUUCUUUGAAAAGAGAGGCUUUGGAGUAUUUGAGGUGGAUGGGGAGUGAGGGAAUAGAGCCAAAUUCGGUGAUUGUGACAAUGAUAUUGCCGGUGAUUGGAGAGUUGGCGGAUCGAAAAUUGGGUCGGGAGGUUCACGGAUAUGUGUUGAAGAGGUUUAGGAAUUACCAUAAGUUGGUUUUUGUUCAUUCAGGAUUGAUCGACAUGUAUUGCAAGUGUGGUGACAUGGUAUCUGGGAGGCAUGUCUUUUAUAGGUCGAGGGAAAGGAAUGUAGUUUCAUGGACUGCUCUGAUGUCAGGAUAUGCAUCAAACGGUCGGUUUGAGCAAGCUUUGAGAUCAUUGGUUUGGAUGCAGCAAGAAAGGGUGACACCGGAUGUUGUUUCAAUAGCUACAGCCCUACCGGUUUGUGCGCAAUUGAAAGCAUUGAAGCAAGGGAAGGAAAUCCAUGCAUAUGCCUUGAAGCAUCGGUUUCUCCCAAACAUAUCACUAUCCACUUCUUUGAUGACCUUGUAUGCGGAGUGUGGAAAGUUAGAUUACUCUAGUAGAGUGUUUGGUGCGGUGGAGAAGAAGAGUAUUAUAGCAUGGACAGCACUAAUUGAUUCAAACCUAAAGAAUCAGCGGCCUUGUGAUGCUUUGGAUGUUUUCAGAACAAUGAAUUUGGCUAAUUGUAGGCCAGAUGCCGUUAUCAUUGCUAGGAUUUUGAGUGCAGCUGGAUGUCUAGGGACGAUAAAGAUAGGGAAAGAGAUUCAUGGGCAGGUGCUGAAGCUGAAACUUGAACCUAUACCUUUUGUUAUAGCGGAAGUGGUGCACAUGUAUGGAAAGUGCGGGGACAUGAAGAAUGCUCGAAUUAUUUUCGACCGAGUUCAAUCCAUAGGAUCACUAACAGUGACUGCUAUUAUAGAAGCCUAUGGCUAUAACUUUCAAUAUAGAAAAGCAUUGGCUCUGUUUGAUCACAUGUUAUCAAAAGGCUUCAUUCCAAACCAUUACACAUUUAACGCGGUCUUGAGGUUCUGUGAGAAAGAGGGAUUGCAUGACAAGGCGCUCGAACUCUUCGAUUCCAUGGUGUGGAAGUAUAAUCUCAAAGCAUCUGAAGAGAACUAUGACUGCAUUAUCAGCCUUCUCAAUCAUGCGGGUAGAAUUGAUGAUGCUCAGAGGUUUGUUCAUCUGAAAUCAACAUUGGUUCAAACAUGAGUGAUUCGUUUGCUUUGUUAUAGAGUAGAUUGGUGAUGCCCAACAAUGAUUCAUUGAGUCUGUUCUCUCUUCCAUUGGGCCUUAGAGAGCUAUUUUUUUUAAUUAUAUGUAUAUAUAUUCUGAAUUUUCAUGAAACAAAAUGAGAUUCUUGAAGUGCUACUAAUCUUCUUGGCUUUUAUUUUUGGAUUGUUGAGUUGUUUGUUCUCAAACAUACUUUUUCUAAAGAGAUGAAG